GCGUGGAAAGAUCAGGAGUCACACGACAGAACACACUAUAGCAUGGAUCGAUCUACGCAUCUAAAUCAUAAUUCCGAAGGAAGCGGGGCAUAUAGAGGACAUCCAGUGAAUCAAAGGAUGACGGACAGCGAGCAAACAGAUGAAUAUUCUUGUGAGAAUAACUCACCUAGUACUUCUAACCCCCAGAAUCAGCCAACACAUGCUGAUGGAUACACCAAGAUACCACCAAAUGAAUCAAGAUGGAGCAAACUGCAGAGGAUUGCAAAGGAAGAAGAGGAGAAUCUGAGGAGAUGGAAAGAGGAGAAUCGCCCGGGUCCCAUUCAGCUGACUCCAGAGAGACUAGGUGGUGCGGUAUCACUGGCAGAAUUAAGAAAGAGUCUGAAGGAUAGUGCACAUAAAAUGUUUAAUGCAUUGCAGGCCGAUAAACUAGAGAUGAUGAAAAAGCAAGACGAAGAACAGAGACAGAAUCUGUACCAACACGACAAGCAAAGGAAAAGAGAGGAGUUUCUUCAAAGAAUUGAGAGGUCCAGCACAACCGUUUCUAUGGCAGCAGGCAAUUCCAUACCAGCAUCAUCUUGGGCUAAAUGUCAUGAGCACAGGGAAGCCAGAAGAGAAGAGGAGAAUGCUGACCUGCUUAAGAAGAAAGAGGAGCAGAGGAGAAAGGCAGAAAUUUUGGAGGAACAACAAAAACAACAGGAGGAGGACAGGAAGAGACGGACUGGAGCUGACCAUCGGCGGUUGAACAUGGCCUUCCUAGACCGUCUAGAGGCGAGUAGUUCAAGUAGGGUGCCUAAACCUGUGAACCAAACCACUGAAAGCAGUAAUGUCUGUCUGGAUGAUGACAAACCACAGGAUUCAGCCCUAUCCACAGUACCCAACCCAUCACAGGUCCACACAGACAGUGCAGAGGAGGAUGAUCAUGACCAUAUGUGGACCCUGAUCAAACUCCAGAAUAGGUUUCCAUACUAUGAGCGCGAUAUGCUGGAGGAGAUCGUCAAACAGUGCAAUGGCAAUUACCAGCAAGCAUAUGAGCUGCUUGAUGUGUAAACACUUUGUCAUUUUGUUCCUGAGUGAUAGAUUGAUCCCAAUGUUGUUUUGUGAGCAAAUAAAGAGUUUUGGGUGAACUGUCCCUUUAAUUAAAGAAGGUGGUGAGCUCUAACUAGUGUCCUUUGAACUGAAACAAAAACUUCUUUUUUAGUUUGUGCAGUUAUUUUUGCUUUGACACGAAAUGCACUGACACUUAGUCACAGAGAAAAGAAAUCAAAACAAUAAACCAAGAUUUGAGUCUGCUGUGGGAACAUUUAUGGAUCCCAUGAGUACAAUUCAAAGGCUAAAUGAUGUGUGUUCACAAAAUCCAGAGUCUAAUUUAUAAUGAGGUACAGGACUAGAGGAAUUCUGAACUCAUCCAUCAUGAGAUGGACAGUGAAAAACCCAACCAUCAUACAGAUCAUUAGCUUCCUGAAUGUUUUGUAUAGGUUUCUGCUAAAUCUGCAUGUAUUUAAAAAGGCUGCCUCUAUGUAUGUGAAAUAGAGUGCAACAGUUGGGUUCCUGAAGUAAAAAUCCCAUCCGUUUUCUCCAUAGGGAAUUGAUUUUUAUAUUUUAACAAGAAUUUAUAAACUGUUAAUGACAGACCUACUUUGAGCUACGAGGUUGUUAAUCAGUGGCAUAUGCUUUUGUUAAAGCCAUCAGUUUGCAUUUCAACUUUUUUAAAAAUUUGUAUGGGGAAAAUGAGUGGGACAAAUCGGCAGGCACAGUUGCACUCUAUUCAGCAGAUUUAAAUUUUAAGUAAUGGAAGAGACAUUUCAUGAAAUGGGUGUGUUGUGCUGGACAGAAAAAAAAAAUCCUGUUAGAUAAUAUAAAUAAUAUGCUUAAUUGUUAAUAAAUUUUAUUUGUGUCAUCUUUUUGUUUAUUAUCUUUAAUUUUAAUGUUUUAGAAUUGAUUUAUUAAUAAAAGAAUAUGAAUUUUACUAAUGUUGGGAUUGGAUCAGAAAGGUAACAGGGAUGACAGUUUCAUUUCACAACAAAAUUGUAGUUUCUAUGUAUUUUGUUUUCAUCAAAAUAUACAUAUUUUCUACAAUACAGUUGCAAGAAGAGUGGGCACAGAUUCAAAUGUGUCUACAUCAAGAAAGAGAAAGAGAAAAAAAAAAUAGAAAAUUAAGUUCCUGUAUUUGUGCUGAUGUUUAGAAAAUUGCCUACACUAACACAAAGUAAAAUUGGCACCCAUGUUGUAAAUGAUGGUGUUUUUGACUCAGUCAUGGAGUUCAGGUUCAAGUGUGGCCAAAACAUCAACUUCUAUAUCCCUUUUGAAAGGUCUACCCUGCUUUUUAAAAAAUUGGUUGAUUUUGUGUGAAUUGCAAUACGGUAGCUACCUUGUGUUUUUGUUGAACCAUGAUCAAUCAUGUUCCUACACAGGAAAAGUUUCUUAUGUAAAUGUGUUUGCUGCAUUAAACAUGCUGUUUCCUGUGACAGCUUCCCGGUCUUUUGAUGAGCA